AUGGCAGAGGCGGGGGCGCUGCAGGGCUGCCCGCCUGCAGCAGCAGCAGCAGCAGCAGCAGCAGCAAAUCCUGCUGACACGCGAAACCCUGUAACCACCACCUCUUCGGUCUUGGCCAUCACCUACAAAGACGGAAUCCUCAUGGUUGCUGAUACUACAGAUCACCAGUUUCUGCAGCGUGAGUUAGAGGCAUUGGUGGAGGAGGAUGCGCUGCAUGCAUCCAGCAGCAGCAGCAGCAGCAGCAGCAGCAGCAGCAGCAGCAGCAGCAGCAGCAGGGGGGAUGCGCUGCUGACACCCAAAGCUAUCGCCAGCUACACUGCUCGCACUCUAUACAACAAACGCUGCCGCUUCAACCCCUACUGGCUCUCUGUUAUUGUUGCGGGGCACGAGGGGGCCCCCACAGGCAUUCACGAACAGCAGCAGCAGCAGCAGCAGCAGCAGCAGCAGCAGCAGGGGGAGGGGGAGGGGCAGCAGAAGGGGAUGUACUUGGGGGCCAUUGAUCUCCUCGGCACUUUCUUUGAAGAACAAGUCGUUGCAACAGGUCUUGGGCGUUACUUUGCCAUUACUUUGAUGAGGGAGAAGCACCGCCCGGACAUGUCUGAGGAGGAGGCGCGUGAGCUGCUGGAGGAGUGCAUGCGGAUUUUGUUUUACAGAGACUGUGCAGCCUCCAAUGAGGUUCAGUUUGCUAAGGUGACGGCCUCAGGGGUGACGAUCGACGAACCCAAGAAGCUGACCUCCAAAUGGGACUUUGAGGCGUAUACGAAGAAGACAAUCAAUAUGGACUUGGCUGGCUGCUCCUGUGGGGCUGAUGGUCGGCUUAGGGUAUUUAAAACGCGCUGUCUCCGCAUACACCUUAAACCUGCAGCAGCAGCAGCAGCAGCAGGAGCAGCAGCAGCAGCAACAGCAGCAGCAACAGUGACAGCAGCAGCAGCAGCAGCAGCAGAUGUAGCAUCCUCAUGUGUGGGUGCUCAACAACAGCAGCAGCAGCAGCAGCAGCAGCAGCACCACAACAACCACGAGCACCAGCAGCAGCAGCACCACCAGAUGAAGAAAAGCAAGAAGAAGAAAAAGAAAAAAAAGAACAACAGCAACAAAGAAAACAAAAACAAAAACAAAAAUAACAAAAACAAGAAAAAGAAAAACAAAAAAAAAAAAAAUAAAAAGAAGAAUACCAAGAGAAGCAACAACAUCAACAACAGCAAAAAAAAAAAAGUUGGGGUGUACGUACAGCUCGAGUACUUUGGUGGCUUUGAGGGAAUCUGCUGGCCGCCAGUUUUGAUUUUCCCGCAGACACUGCUGGUGCUGCGCCGACACCAGCGCGCAGCGACGCUCAGAGGAGUGGCAGAAACGACGCAGGCACUGCAGGUACGCGCUCCUGCAGCAGCAGCAGCAGCAGCAGCAGCAAAAGCAGCAGCAGCAAAAGCAAAAGCAGCAGCAGCACCAAAAGGGGGAGCAGCAGGGGGAGCAGCAGCAGCAGGAGGAGAAACAGCAGAAAGAGAGAGAACAGGGAAUUAUCAAUACAUGUCUGAGACAUGCAGCAGCAGCAAGGAGAAACAGCAGAAAGAGAGAGAACAGGGAAUUAUCAAUACAUGUCUGAGACAUGCAGCAGCAGCAGCUGCUGCUGCUGCUGCUGUUGCUGCUGCUGCUGCUGUUGCUGCUGAUGAUGGUGUAGUUGUAGAAGCAGCAAAUGCAGAAACAAAAAUAGCAGGAGCAGCAGCGAACACAGCAGCAGCAACAGCAGCAGGCGUAGCAACAGCUGCAGCAGCAGCAAAGCCACGGCAGCAAGCACAGCAGCAGCAGCAGCAAGCGCACCACCACCAGCAGCAAGUGGAGCAGCAGCAGCAAAUACAACAGCAGCAGCAGCGACCAGUACAACAGCAGCAGCAACAGCAGCAGCAACAACAGCAGCAGCAGCCACAGCAGCAACAGCAGCAGCAGCAGCAGCAGCAGCAUAUCGCAGCGAUAGCAGCAGCAGCAGCAGCAGCAGCAGCAGCAGCAACUGCGACCGCAGCAGCACUGGCAGUUGGUGUACCCGCAGCAGCCGCAGCAGCAGCAGCAGCAGUAGCAACAGCAGCAGCAGCAACAGCAGCAGCAGCAGCAGCAGGUGGCACCAUGUGGGACCCUGAUGAGAUUGCGGAUGCUGCAGCAGCAGCAGCAGCAGCACCGGCGACGCAGCAUUCUAGGGAACCAGCAGCAAAAGCCACCGAAGCAGCAGCAGCAGCAGCAGGAGCAGCAGCAGAUGAUGUUGAGAAGGAAUCAGCAGCAGCAGCAAGUACUGUCUCUCCAUCAGCAGCAGAUUCAUAUUCAUCAGCAGCAGCAUCUUUCCCUCAGUUUGCUUUACCAGCAGCAGCAGCAGCAGCAGCACCCCACCCCCCACCCCGUCCCUCCUCCUCCUCUUCCUCCUCAGCAGCAGCAGCAGCAGCAGCAGGGGGACGUAUCCGUUUGCUGCCGGAUGAGGUGGUGCGGCGCAUAGCAGCAGGGGAGGUGGUGAGCCGGCCCUCAGCAGCACUAAAAGAGUUGAUAGAGAACAGCAUAGAUGCGGGGGCCCUUCGGGUGUCUGUACACUGCGUGGGGGGGGGCCUCAAGCUGCUGCAGGUAGCAGACAACGGCAGCGGUGUAGCAGCAGCAGACCUGCCGCUGCUGUGUGCUCGUCACUGCACCAGCAAGCUGCAGCAGCUGCAGCAGCUGCAGCAGCUAAGCUCCUUUGGCUUCAGGGGAGAAGCACUCGCUGCUCUCUCUAUGCUAGCUAGGGUUUAUGUAACCACCAAGCAGCGGGGGGCCCCCCAUGGAUUGGAGUGUACGUACACCUCAGGGGCCCUCGCCGAGACACCGAGGCCCUGCCCCCGUACAGCUGGCACAACAAUAAAAGCAACAGAUUUAUUUUAUAAUUUAAAUGCGAGAAGAGCUGCGUUUCUCUCUGCUUCUGCUGCUAAAGUAUCAGCAGCAGCAGCAGCAGCAGCAGCAGCAGCAGCACCAACUGCAGCAGCAGCAGCAGAUGAAUAUCUACGCUGUCUACAUAUCGUCUCCCGCUAUGCUAUCAACAACCCCCACGUUGCCUUCAGCAUGCGCAGACAGCAGCAGCAGCAGCAGCAGCAGCAGCAGCAGCUACCUGACCUCAAUACACAAGCCUUUGGCCUUGCAGAAGCCAAGCAGCUGCUGCUGCAGCUACGGAAGCAGCGCAAACAGCAGCAGCAACCCACAGACACCACCACCAGCAGCAGCACCAGCAGCAGCAGCAGCAGCAGCAGCAGCUGCAGCUGCUGCUGCACAGAAGACGAAGAAAGGCUACCAACAGAAGCAGAGCUGCGGCUGCUGCGCGGCGUCUCCCUGCUGCAGGGGGGGGCCCUGAGGGUUAUAGAGAGGAUCCAUGGCGCAGCACUAGCAGCAACGCUGCUGCCUAUACACCUGAAAUCCUCGCUGCCUGCUGCUGCUGUUAGCUUCCUUCGGAGUCAGCAGCAGCAGAGACAACAGAUGCAGCAGCAACAGCAGCAGCAGCAGCAGCAAGGAGAGAUGGAUCAGGACGAAGCAGCAGAGGGAAGUAGGAACGAUGCUGCUGCAGACGCCACCAGCAGCAGCGACAGCAGCAGCAACAGCAGCAGCAGCAGCAGCAGCAACAACCGCGACCAUGUGUGUCCUUUAUUGCAGGAGUUAGUAUCAUUGCUGUCUGGUGGGAGCGUGGAUUGCAGCAGUUCUGCUGCUGCUGCUGCUGCUGCUGCUGCUGCUGCUGCUGCUGCUGGUGGUGUUCGUGUGUCUGAGCCUGCUGAGGUGUAUCUGCAGCAGCUGGGAGAGGGAGUGGUGGUGUUCGUGUGUCUGAGCCUGCUGAGGCGUAGCUUGGAGACAGUGUACGGGCAGGUGAUGCCGCGGGGCCAGCGUCCCUUUGUGUAUUUAUCUCUAGACGUUGCUGCUGCUGCUGUUGAUGUGAACGUACACCCCAGCAAGAGCCAAGUUCGCUUCCUUCAUGAGGACCUUGUUGCAGAACAAAUCGCACAAAAAGUCCUGGAUAUUCUUAGCGGCCAAACCUCAUCAAACCCGCUGCUGCUGCAGCAGCCAACACAGGCAGAACCGCAGCUGAAGCAGCAGCAGCUCGUGCUGCUGUCGCAGGGUGAGUCGGCGGUGCAGCAGGAGAAGGGAGACACUCAGAGCCAGCGCAGCAGCAGCAGCAGCAGCAGCAGCAGCAGCAGCAGCAGCAAGCCAGUAUUAAAACCCACGAGAGCCAGAACAGAUGCGCGCCAGCUGCCGCUCAGCGCCUUCUGGCAGCACAACCUUUCUUCGCAGCAGCCAACGCAGCAGCAGCAGCAGCAGCAGCAGCUAGCUGCAUCCAGCAGCAGCAGCAGCAACAUCUCCACAGCAGCAGCAUCACAGGAGAGUCCUCAGGAGCUGCAGCUGCUCUCGCAGCAGCAGCAGCAAACGCAGCAGCAGCAAGAGCAGACGCAGGGGGACGGUGUGCUUACCCCAGGGGAGUUGUCGCAGCAGCAGCAGGAGGAGGAUGAGCAGCAGCAGCAGCAGCAGCAGCAGCAGGACCCUUCAGAAGCAGCAGCAGCAGGAGUGGCAGGCAGCAGCCAGCAGCAGCCCGUUCUGCGUCUGUUCGAUGAGAGGGCGCAGGGGGGCCACAUCUUAGAGAGAGUUGCUCCAGGCAGCAGCAGCAGCAGCAGCAGCAACAGCAGCAGCAGCAGCAGCAGCAGCAGCAACUGCAGGCGGACGGAUGCCGGGCGCCUUCGUAGCGUGCGGCAGCUGCUACAGCGUUGCGCGGAGGCCGCAGGAGACGAUGCAGCCAACAGCAGCAGCAGCAGCAGCAACAGCAGCAGCAGCAGCAGCAGCAGCAGCAGCAGAGACAGCAAAACCGCGCUGCAGGGCUGCUCGUAUGUGGGGGCUGUGAACACGAGGAUGGCGCUGCUGCAGCGGGGCGAGUCUCUGCUGCUAGUGGAUCUCCCUGUUGUAGCCAGAGAGUGCGUAUAUCAGUCUAUCCUGCAUCGGCUGGGGCGUCUCCCAGUGGUCCGGCUGCAGGUGCCUCUAGACAUAGAAGCAGCUCUGUAUGCUGCGCUGCAGCAGCAGCAACUGCAGCAGCAGCAGCAGCAACUGCAGCAGCAGCAGCAGCAGCAGCUACAGGAGGAAGCUCGUUCUCUCUGCUGCAGGCUGCUGCAGCGCCGUGCGUUGCUAGCAGAUUACUUUGGCGUUGUAGACUGGACUGAGGAGUCUGUGUGCCUCCAAGGCAUCGCUCUCGUGUUAGCGGAUGCAUACACUACAGUUGAGGAUCCCGAGGACGUAGAAACUGCUGCUGCUGCUGCUGCUGCUGCUGGUGUCACUCCGGCAGCGGGUGCGGCGCAGCAGCAGCAGCAGCAGCAGCAGCAGCAACAGCAAACGCAGCAAGAGAACAGCAGCAGUUCUCUGCUGCUGCAGCAGAAGACAGCGCUCCGCGAGGAAGCAGCAGCUCACAAGGAGAGUGGAGACUUGGAGGGGCAGAUGGCGGCGGGCGCAGAGACCAGGCGGAUGUUUAGCUGCGUGCUGAUGCCGGCUCUGCGUUUCUACUGGAGGGCCCGCAUACCCAAGCGGUUCUUCACCGACGGGACUGUGAGAGAGCUAACAAACCUCAAGGCCCUCUACAGGGUCUUCGAGCGCUGCUAG